AUGCCGUACUACGAGCCAGCACCGGUGUCUGGACGGAUGGAACAGUCGACGGUAUGGUUGGCUACGCGGACAAGCUUGAAACGGUCACGUACACAUUCCAGGGUGUCUGCCACUGGUCCAGCCUCUGCUGAACCCGUCACGGACGACGCUACUGCGGUGGUAUCCCUCAAGCCACCUCCCUCCAUCUCAUUGGGUAUGGAUCAUGCCCAUAAAUCCAGCAGGGGUGAAUAG